GGGGAGAAGGGGAAAGAAAGAGAAUGCAGAGGAGAAAUUUACUAGAAAGAAAAAUAUUAAAAUAGAUGAAAAAGAAAGCAAGAGAGGGGGGAGGGGAGAAGAAGAAAGUAAUGAGAAAUUUAUUUUUAACAGGUCAAGAAAAAGGCAAAAGAGGUGGAAGGAAUCGGGUUAUUUCGUUGGUUAAAAAUCAGAAGUGAGAGUAAGAGUAUAUCGACACUGUGAAAUAUUUAAUGUAGGACAAGUUUUAACAUCAACAACAACAAUAGGUGUUCCUUUUUCUAAAUUAGGGUCAUGUUUGCACUAUGGGAGACAAAUUAAUGUGUUGUGAUGGUGGUGGUGGAAAUAUUAGGUUGGUCAGUACAAGAAUGUUUUUAAAAAUAUAAAUAAUUUACAAACCGUUGCUGAGUGUAAUCAUUUGGAACCAAGCACGGGAGUAAUGAAAAAAGAUUAAAAAAAAAUCUUGCAGAUAUUUAUUGUAAGUCAGCUGUGAAUGAACUAGCUUCCACUCUUGCACUGACCAUGGCCUCUGUUGGUGUCAGUGUACAGCAAGUGAAACACUUUAACACCGAUGCACUUAUUUUAUUCCUCAGUAAACAUGGAAUUAGCCAGGCUGGUCUGAAAUCUCUGAGAGAUAACCAGGUAGAAGGAGAGAUGCUGCUGGAAUUUACUGAUGCCGACCUCAAAGAUAUCUUUGAAGUGUUCAAGGAUAGAUUUUUAAUUCGGAAAUUGCUUCGAGAACUUUAUGGUCCAAACAACUCUUCAUGCCGUUUAGCAAAGACCAUUGCACCUCCAACAGUGAGCAGCUCUGUUGUAUCAAAUCCCCACUCAGUUCUAGCAUCUACAUCCUUAUCUUCAUCACCAAUAACUUUGCCAUCACAAACAUUUGUGACAUCAACACCCAAAGCUAUAAUACCUUUGCCCUCUCCCAAAAUCACACCAGAACCCAUUCUGACCCAAGUCACACAUGUUCUUCCCACUAAAACAGUAAACCUGGAAUCUUACAACAAAACAUCUCCACUAGUUAUUAUUUCAAACCAACAGAAAAAACCCAGUCCAAAUACCACUAUGUCACAACUGACUGAUAUCCAGAACCCACCACUCCAUACUAACAAUUUUAUUCCAACAGAGCAGCAAGAUUCAGAAGUGGGAGUUGUAACUUCAUUGCAUUCAAACUCACUUUCUGUCAGUAAUUUUGUCAAUUCUGAUACAGCUAUUUAUUCUUCUCCUAAAACUUCAGACACAUCCACUACACUCAUACAACAGGGAGAAGUUCAGACACAUGUGAUAGAAGAUGAUGAUGAUGUUGUUGAUUAUCCUCAGAAUGAUGUGUAUAUUGUUGAUGGCUGGGGUGCAUGCCGAAUCAAAGAAUUCACUGCUGAAGAGCUACUUCGAAGGAAAGUACGAAGAGGUCGUCCGACUGAAGCUCAGAGACUCGGACGCUCACUUUUGAGAGAGGCUGCUACAACAGCAAAAAUAUGGCACAGAGCACCUCCUUUGAAGAUGAUUUCUGCAGAAAAAAAAGAAAUUUUCUUUCGCUAUAUCUGUCGCGCUGCACCACAGUUGAGUCGGCACAAGCAGUUUGUUUGGAUUCGACUCGGUGAAGCAUUACAGAACCGACGUAAAUAUCUCAGUGACAAGGAAUGUGGUCGUCGACAAAUGAAAAGGAAGCAUGACCCAAAUCUAUUUAUGUCAACACCUCAUUCAUUAUCAUCUAGUCUCUUAUUCAACAAUACUUACUCAACAUCAGUUUCAGCAACAUCUACGUCACUCCUUCCAGCAACAUCUCUAUUAAAAAAUGAAUUCAAUCCUAUUGUUAUUGAUUCUAGUAUUGAAACCAACUUAGAGACAUUACCAACAUCAACUGAACAAACCAUUAAUUCUAUAAGCUCUGUCAAUCUUACCACUCUUAUUAAAGAAGAAGCAGAAUCAGAAGGUAUCAAAUACUAGACAUCAACAUAAUCUCCAUUGAUAAUUCCGAUUCCCUUCUUUGUUUAUGUUGUUAAGAUCACAGGCUGGUAUUGAGAAGUGCAGUAUCUGGAAAGUCACAAAUUUGCUACACCACUAGCCCUUUAUACAUUAUCGGCUAUGGUCUGAUUGAUCUGGCUAUUCCAAUGAAAAAAAAAAUAUGCUACUCCUUCUGCUUUGUGUGUAAACCACCA